AUGUUGUUCACAUCAAUCCUUCGAGCUCUCCCGGCAGCUCUCUUGUUCUCCGGUGCUCAGGGUACGCCACUUGGUGACCUAGAAAGUCGUCAAACGACCAUCGAUGCCUUCAUCGGGACCCAGACAACGGUAUCGAUCAACGGCGUACUUGCUAACAUCGGUGGGGGUGGUAGCAAGGCUCCCGGUGUCCCUGCUGGUAUUGUCGUAGCAAGCCCUUCACGUUCAAACCCUGACUACUGGUAUACCUGGACACGUGACGCUGCUCUUACAUACAAGGCGCUUGUCGAGCGCUUCAUUGCUGGCGAUACAUCUCUUCGCCAGGAGAUCGAUGACUACGUUUCGGCUCAAGCAUUUCUCCAAGGUGUCUCAAACCCAUCCGGAGGUCCAGACUCAGGUGGACUUGGUGAACCGAAGUUCAACGUUGAUCGUACCGCAUUCACUGGCGCAUGGGGGCGUCCUCAGCGCGAUGGACCACCCCUACGUGCAACAGCCCUGGCCAUCUACGCCAACUGGCUGAUCGAUAACGGUGAAAAGACUCAAGCUCUCAACACUGUUUGGCCAGUCAUUGCAAAAGAUCUUGCCUACACUGUUCGCUACUGGAACCAAACCGGCUUCGAUCUGUGGGAGGAGGUCAACGGUUCCUCAUUCUUCACUCUUGCUGCAUCUCACCGAGCGCUCGUCGAGGGUGCAGCCCUUGCUACCAAGCUUGGACAGACCUGCAGUGGUUGUGCGGCUGCCGCACCGCAAGUUCUUUGCUUUGCACAGAGCUUCUGGACUGGCAGUUACAUCGAUUCUAACAUCAACGUCAACGAUGGUCGCACCGGCAAGGACGCAAAUUCCCUCAUCUCUUCUAUCCACACUUUUGAUCCUGCGGCGAAGUGCACAGAUGCCACUUUCCAGCCUUGUUCUGCCCGGGCUUUGGCCAACCAUAAAGCUGUCACCGACUCUUUCCGCUCUGUAUAUGCCAUCAACAAGGGCAUUGCUCAAGGCAAAGCUGUCGCUGUAGGACGCUACUCUGAAGAUGUUUACUACAACGGCAAUCCUUGGUACCUGACCACCCUUGCCGCAGCUGAGCAGCUAUACUCGGCUCUUUACCAAUGGGACAAGCAGGCUUCCAUCACCGUGAACUCGGUUUCUCUCGGAUUCUUCAAGGACCUAGUGCCAUCGAUUGCUACGGGAACAUAUGCCAAGGACUCAGCGACUUACACGUCAAUCACAUCUGCGGUCAAGACCUACGCCGAUGGCUACCUGGCCAUUGUUCAGAAAUACACACCAUCGAACGGCGGCCUCGCCGAGCAGUUUGACAGGAACAACGGCACACCACUCUCCGCAGUCGAUUUGACAUGGUCAUAUGCCGCUUUCCUGACUGCGACCGAGCGCCGCGCUGGGGUUGUCAGCCCAACCUGGGGCGAGCCAUCCAACAACGUGCCCCCUGCAGCUUGCACUGGCACCCCGUCUUGCAAUGCAAAAGUCACUUUCAAUGUUCGCGCGACGACUGCCUUCGGCGACAAUAUUUUCGUCACUGGUCAGCUCACCCAACUCAGCAACUGGGACCCGAACAGUGCCAAGGCUCUGAGUGCUAGCAAGUACACCAGCAGUGACCCACUUUGGACUGCUGAUAUCGAUAUACCUGCGUCGACGGUUUUCGAAUACAAGUACAUCCGCAAGACGUCUGCGGGCGCAGUGGUGUGGGAGAGCGACCCAAAUAGGAGGUACACAACUUCAGCGGGUUGUGGCAGCACUGCAACUGUGAACGACACCUGGAGGUAG